UUUCAAUUUUAUCGUCACCAAUAUUUGUAUAAGUAUAUUUGAUAUCAUGAUCUAAAAUAAACAAGAUUAGAAAUAAUUGAGUGAUAUAGUAUAUGUAUAGUAAAAUUGUGUUUUCUGAAUUUGAGUUUGAAUACUACUUAACGAUUUAUGAUGGAAGUAGACAACUCUUCUGAUCCUGGUGGGGCUGAAAAUACUCAUGAAGAAAAAACACAUAGAAAGUUUAUAGAUUAUGUGCUUGAUCAAGAAAAUUUCGUUACGCAUAUAACAGAAGAGGAUUUAAAAAACACAAUCGGUUAUUCAAAUCAGAAAAUUAAUAGUCAAACAAUAACACAAAAUGAAGAGGAGAAAAUUGUAUAUAUGGAAACUGUUCCGUUCGUCGAGGCCGCUUUAAAAGAAGCAGAAAAGACUAGAACUGAAAAUGGUGCUGUUACAUUUAGCACUACCGGAGGUGCCUGUUUAGACUUUUAUUUAAAUAUUAUGGAGGGUUCUAAAGGAAAUCAAACACUUGAUUUGUUGCAGAAAGCCUGGGAUGAAUCACCCCUUUCUGCUUUUAAAUUGGUGGCUUCUUUAAGAGAUAUCAAGAAGGGUAAAGGUAUCAGAACUCAAUAUCAAUAUUGUCUUUAUUGGUUAUAUAAUAACCAUCCUUUAACAUUGUAUAAUAAUUUGGAGGAAUUAGUCACGUUUGGGUAUUGGAAAGACUUACUUCACUUCAUAAUGACAAUUUGCUUUAAUGGAUUUGUACCCACUUAUUUAGUUGGCGAUGAUUGUGGAAAGAAAUCUAAAAAAAAUAUAUUCACCAACGAUGAAUACAGUUUAAAAGUUUUGGAAUAUUUUGGCCAACCAGGCUGUAUAUACCCUAAAGAAGAAAUUGAACAAUUGAACACUAUUAGAGAACAAAUUAGAAAUUUUAAAUCAAUUGCUAGAAAGAAGGAGAAACAAAUGAAUAAUAAUGUUAGGUGUUUCCCAUUUUUCGGAACAAAAUAAAAGCACAUUACAAGAUUUAAUCGAAGAGGAACGAAGAGCGAUAAAAGCUAUAACAGAAAAAAUGAGCGCAUUAAGAUUGAAAUACGCAAGAGAAAAAUUUAAAAAUGAUCUUAAAUAUCGUAUUUUUCAUGUUAAAGUUGCUCAAAUAUUUGCUCAACAAUUAAUUAAAGAUAAAAAAGAAAGUGAACAUUCUACGAAAAAAAUAUCAUUAGCAGGGAAAUGGGCACCGUCUCUGAAAAAGCAUUUUGAUCGUUACACCUUAAUUGGCACCACGAUAUCUACUGAGAUUUUUAAAAUUACCAAAGAUCUUGGAUACAGUCCUGAAGACUUUCCUAAUCUAUGUUUUGAACAUGAAGAAUGCCCUUUUGCAAAACAAAUUUAUUUAGCUCGUAAAAAUUACCGUACAAAUUAUUAUGUGAAACUACAUACAGAUCUCAAAGUACCCGAAAUAUUUAUGACGUCUGGGAAAUGGCAAGAAAUUGAAUAUAACAGAGUUCCUGCGAAGUGUAUGACUAAAAAUCGUUCAAGUUUUUUGAAACAUGAUAAAAGUAGAUUCGAAGAGUUUAUCAUGAGUCCUUAUAAGAAAGUCGCAGGUGGCACAUUGACACCCAUACAGCUCAUCAAUCGCGCCUUCAAAGUAAUGAAGUUGAAACCAAACAAGAAUAUUGAGGAAACAUUAUUACAAAAACAGUGGGAAUCGCUAGUAGAGUCGAUUCAAUCGAAAAGUAAUUGCCUUUUAUCAAAUGCCGUCAGUAUUUGUGAUGUAAGUGCAUCUAUGGAUGGUGAUCCGAUGCUUGCAGCUAUCGGACUGACAUUAAUGACGUUAGAAAAAUCUAAUCCUCCUUGGAAUAAUAUUUGUAUAACUUUCAGUGAACAUCCACAGUUUCAUAAGGUUAAUCCUGACAUCACUUUCAUUGAAAAAGUAAAUUCACUUAAAAAUAUGAUAUGGGAUGCUAAUACUAACUUUGAUGCAGUGUUUGAUUUAAUUCUUGACUUGGCAAAAAAAAAUAAUUUAAAACAAUCUGAGAUGCCGAGUAUACUUUUAGUUUUUACUGAUAUGGAAUUUGACGAAGCAUUUCAUAAACCCAAUAAAACUAAUUUUGAAAAUGCCAAACAAAAAUUCGAAGCUAAUAAUUAUGAAAUGCCUAAUGUGGUAUUUUGGAAUUUAAGAGCUAAAGCGAAAGGUAAAGAGACAUCACCUGUUCAAAAGGAUGAAAAUGGGGUUCUGCUUCUGUCCGGAUACUCUUCUAAAAUGUUGUCAUAUAUUUUAGAUUUCACCGAUGAUAAUUUUGCGGAAGACAUUUCCCAUAAAUUAACUCCAGAAGAAUUUUUAAAUCAGGUGGUGAAUGAUGAACGUUAUAGUAAUUUGGUGAUUUAUGAUUAAUUACAAAAACUAUAUAUAUAUAUAUAUAUAUAUAUAUAUAUAUAUAUAUAUAUAUAUAUAUAUAUAUACAAUAUUAUUAUUAAACAUUUAUUUUUAUAUCAAGUCAAUAAUUAUGAUUAUUAUAAAAUAGAAUAAUUACUUUAGUUUCUUUUUUCAAAAGUGUGAGUUUUUAUUUUUUAUACAUUAAUUCUGUUCAUUAAUAUGAACCUAUCGAUAAUACAUGAUGACUAACGCUGAGCUACGUAACAUGCUCUGAAGACGUGUCAUUCAGACGGCAACACAUGAAUAGUGUGUUAACACUAAUUAUUUAGUGUUAUUAUUUAAUUAUUAUAUUAUUGUUAUUAUUUAUAUUAUUAUUGUUAUUAUUUAAUUAUCUGUAUUAUUGUGAUUUGAAUAAACAUGUUUGGUU